GUAAACGGAUUUGGAUGCCAGAAAGAAUCACCAUAUCUCCUUCUUCACAUCCUGUGUUCAUCUCAUGUUACUGAUAUCCGCUCGUUUUACUGAUUGUGUUCCACCGAUGGGCUCACCAGUAUCUAUAAAAAGCCCCCUUCUCAAUCCUUUGAUUCUAACUUCUUUCUUCCACAGACCACGACCACCACUCCUUUCGGCACCGACGGCUGUCACGAAAUGGAGCAAAAGCUUCAGGCUAUUCAGGCUGAAAACGCUCAGCUCAAGACAGAGAAGGAGCAGCUCAAAGAGAAAGUGGAUAAAAUGGGGGAUGCCAUCAGCACCGCCGGUCUCGCCUUGGAGGAAAACGUUAGAUUACGAGACGACAUCCUGCGCUUGAAUAAGGCACUUCAGCAUACUGCAGCCCAGAGCGAGAACCUGUUCCGACAGGUCUCAGACAUUCAAGACGUGGCUCUGGUUUUGAACCGGGAUCGAGACAGGCUUCAGAUUAAGAAUCGCCUUCUCCGAGCUGAGCUUCGCCAUGCUAUCAAGACACUCCUUGGUCUCGAUAGUGAGAACUCGAAGCUGAAGGGCAAGGUCCAGGACGCCACGAUGAGUUUCCAGAUCCUCGUCGAUGUGCUCGCUGCCUUCUACAACAAGACCAUCGAUAACGCUCCCGAGAUCCUGUCCACCCUCUCUGAGCGUGUGAAGAAGAUAGUUGAUCAUGUAUAUGAGGAGUGGAAGGAAGACCAAUACCUGCAGAUCCUUGACCCAUAUCAGGCUAUGCAGAUCUCGCCAUAUGAUCUGGUCCCUGGGCACACCCCGGUUCCUUCUCAUGGUGGCAUUGAGUUCAUACCCUUUGACGGCGACGAGGAGUUUGACGGUGACGAGGAAUCUCAGAGCAUAGAUAAUGCCCAGCACAAUAACAACCAAAACGGCAACCCUGAUCCUGUCACAGCCAUUCCCACUGGGCAGCCGCAACAGCAGCAGCCCGUACAGCAGCAGCCCCUACCUCACAUCUCCAACCACAACACGGCUAUUCCUCACGCCAACAUUUACCUGCCGGGCCAGGCCAGUGUCUUUAGACUGGUCAUCGACUCCCCCGGACAGCCGUCAUACGAGCAUCGCAUGCUUAAUGUCGAGAGUCCUCACACGUCUACUACCGGUGGCCCUGCCCCUCCCAGUAGCGGUACUAUCAACCUCUCUGACAACCUCUACGAUCCCGAUACCCCCACCCAUACUGGUACGACCAACACCGUCAACGAUUAUGAGGAUCCCCAGACUCCCACCAAUGGCGGUACGACUAUCACCAACGUUGACCCUGAGAAUCACGAGGAUCCCCAGACCCCCCAAACCCCGACUCCUCUUCGGCACUAUAGAGUGAGUGUUCUUGGAACACCAGAUGCUUGAGCAUGGGUACUGAACUGAGUCUUUUGGGCGUCUUUGAGUACCUGUUUGUUUCUGGAUCGCCGCUAAAAUUCAA